AUGCAUUCUGUCUCCAUUCGAAGUCUGUUUGCUGCUGCUGCUGUUCUUUGCGCUGUUGAUUCAGUAGCGGCUGCUGCUGCUGCUGCUGGGUUUUACCUUCCUCCAACUGCUUCCGUCAAUGCUUCUUUUUUGGGGAACCUCUUUCUGGGUUGCGGUAAGAGGUGCGGUAACAUUCGACCCCUUUUUCGUCACCUCCCUUCAUUCUCCGAGACCGUCUGGGAUUUCAUGAGGCUUGUCUUUUGCCUCUAUCUCUUUGGAUCUCGCUGCGUUUCACCUACUUUCAAUUCUUCUAUCUUUCUAUAUUUCCCUAUUUCCAAUAUAACUGUCUUUAUAUUCUUUCCAAUAAUUAUGUUAUUUUUUUUCUUUACAAAUUAUUGUCUUUUUUUCCCUUUCUGUUUCUCACAUAAUCUUGUUCCUUCCAUUCUUGUCUGCUUUCUUUCAUUUCCCCUAUCCGUUCCUCUGUGUUUUAUUUUACUUUUCUUCCUUACACCUCCUUUCUUACUUUUCCUUCAAAAAUUUUCUUUCACUUCUUUUUUUUCAUUCUUUUAUUCACAUUUCUUCCUUUCGUUCUUUGCUGUUAUUCUUUCACUUUCUUUUUCUAUUCUUAUUCUCAAAUGA